CCAAGACUAGACAUUGGCAUUACGAUGCCAGGCGAGAGAGUCCCACUUUGCGCCCUGCUGCUGCUGCUCGGUGCGGCCGCAGGCACCAACGGCGGGCGCAUCUUGGUGUGGUACACCGAGGCCAGCCACUGGAUCAACAUGAAGCCCAUGCUCGAGGCGCUGGUGGACCGCGGGCACCACGUGACCGUUCUGAUCCCCAGCGCUUCACUCUUCAUGAAGGCCAGUGACCAGUCCCGCUUCCACUACUUGCACUUUAAUGUCUCGGUCUCUCUGGAGGAGAUGGAGAGCUUCAUGGAGGACUUCCUGGCAUUUUCCAUCUACGAAAUUGACUACAUGAACUACUUUCAGCUCUACGCCAAAUUUGUGACCCUGAUGCAACGGGACCUGGAGUGCACAUUGAAGUAUCUGGAUGGCAUAGUGAAGUCAGAGGACAUAAUGAGCAAGAUAAAGCAGGGCAACUAUGACCUCCUCCUAGCGGACCCCAUCUACCCGGGCAGUGAAUUGAUGGCCGAAAUACUGGGUAUCCCGCUGGUCUACUCGCUGCGCUUCUCCAUGGUGUACAACUGGGAGAGGUACUGUGGGCAGUUGCCUUCUCCACCUUCUUUUGUGCCCGCCGCAAUGAGCAAACUGACUGACAAGAUGAGCUUCUCCGAAAGACUGUGGAACUUCCUCUUCUAUGCUUUGAACGACAUUGUGAUCGAAUUUGCCAUUUGGUCGCAUAUGGAUCAAUAUUACACACACUACAGAGGCAUGCCCACAAACGCCUGCGAGUUAUUAGGCAGGGCAGACAUCUGGCUGAUAAGAACUUACUGGGACUUUGACUACCCCCGUCCUUUCCUGCCCAACUUCAAGUUUGUCGGCGGGAUCCACUGCAAACCUGCCAAAUCUUUACCGGAGGACAUCGAAGAGUUUGUGCAGAGCUCAGGUGAAGACGGCAUUGUGGUCUUCACUCUGGGAUCCAUGAUCAAGAAUGUCAGUAGCGAGAAGGCCAACAUGAUCGCCUCGGGCCUUGGGCAGAUCCCCCAAAAGGUGCUGUGGCGGUAUAGCGGAGAAAAACCAGCUACUUUGGCCCCCAACACAAGGCUUUACGACUGGAUCCCUCAGAACGACCUCCUGGGUCACCCCAAGACCAAAGCCUUCAUCACUCAUGGCGGGACCAACGGCAUUUACGAGGCCAUCUACCACGGGGUGCCCAUGGUGGGCAUUCCCAUGUUUGCCGACCAGCCCGACAACAUGGUCCACAUGAAGGCCAAGGGCGCCGCCGUCACCGUGGACUUCAACUUCAUGACCUCCGAGGACCUCAGCCGUGCUGUCAAGACCGUCAUUAACGACAAGUCGUACAAGGAGAACAUCAUGGGUCUGUCAGACAUCCACCAUGACCGACCCAUAAGUGCCCUGGAUGAGGCGGUGUUCUGGAUCGAAUUCACUAUGAGACACAAGGGCGCCAAGCACCUCAGGGUACAGGCCCACGAACUCACAUGGUACCAGUACCACAGCCUGGACGUGGCCGGAUUCCUGCUCGCAGUCGUUCUGCUCUCUGCGCUUCUUUGCAUCCAGACGUGCAGGUGUUGCUUACGUCGAUGCUGCUGCAUGAGCACGAAAAAGAAAGCGUCAAAGAAAAAGUCGGAAUAAAGGAAAUGCUGGCGUUGGUGCUAUCGGACCUUGGAUGUAUUAUACUCACUGGGGCACAUUAGGUACACGUGGACUCGGGCGAACCAAUGUGAGAGCGAUCCAAAAAUUAAGUGGUGAUUACAAACAGCUCUCUCGCCAACAAUAAACCUUGAAUUAUGAGUGUUUUUUUUUUUCAUAGCUCAGUUGUUGAUCUUUGGCUUUGCAUUCUGAGGGAGUUUCAGAUUGAUGCCACAUCUGCAAGAAUAUUUUGACUAGAAAAAUCAAUUUGAGAUACAAAUUUUACACUCUGUC